AUGGUGUCCAGGUUUCGCAUCACGUGCAAUAAGAUCAUCACACACAAGAUGUUUGACCACGUGGUGUUGGUCAUUAUCUUCCUCAACUGCAUCACCAUUGCCAUGGAGAGGCCUCGCAUCGACCCAAGCAGUGCCGAGCGGAUCUUCCUCACGUUCUCCAACUACAUCUUCACAACAAUCUUUGUGGCAGAGAUGACAGUAAAGAUCGUGGCUUUGGGCUGGUGUUUUGGGGACAAGGCGUAUCUGAGGAGCAGCUGGAACAUUCUGGAUGGGAUGUUGGUGAUGAUCUCUGUCAUUGACAUUCUGGUGUCGCUCAUCUCCAACUCUGGGACAAAGAUCUUGGGAAUGCUGCGAGUGUUGAGGCUCCUGAGGACGCUGAGACCACUGCGUGUUAUCAGCAGAGCCCCAGGCCUGAAGCUGGUGGUGGAGACCCUGAUGUCAUCGCUGAAGCCCAUCGGUAACAUCGUGGUCAUCUGCUGCGCGUUCUUCAUCAUCUUUGGCAUUCUGGGAGUACAGCUUUUCAAGGGGAAAUUCUUUAUUUGUCAUGGAGAGGAUGUGAGGAACAUCACCAACAAGUCGGACUGUUUGCAGGCCAGCUACAAAUGGGUCAGACACAAGUACAACUUUGACAACCUGGGACAGGCCUUGAUGUCUCUGUUUGUUCUGGCAUCCAAAGACGGCUGGGUGGACAUAAUGUACGAUGGAUUAGACGCAGUAGGAGUUGACCAACAGCCCAUAAUGAACUACAACCCGUGGAUGCUGCUCUACUUCAUCUCCUUCCUGCUGAUUGUGGCUUUCUUCGUGCUCAACAUGUUCGUGGGCGUGGUGGUGGAGAACUUCCACAAGUGCCGGCGCCACCAGGAGGCCGAGGAGGCCAAACGCAGGGAGGAGAAGAGACUGAAACGCAUGGAGAAAAAGAGACGGAAUUUAAUGGUUCCGGGGGUGAGUUGGGCCCUCUCUGAAGGCACAUUGAAAGAAGCUCAGAGUAAGCCCUACUACUCCGAUUAUUCCCCAACCCGCCUGCUCAUCCACAAGAUGUGCACCAGCCACUACCUGGACCUGUUCAUCACCAUUGUCAUAGGACUGAACGUCAUCACCAUGUCCAUGGAGCACUACCAGCAGCCCAAGGAGCUGGAUGAGGCUCUGAAGAUCUGCAACUACAUCUUCACCCUCAUCUUUGUCCUGGAGUCAGUCUUCAAGCUGGUGGCCUUCGGCUUCCGUCGCUUCUUCAAGGACAAGUGGAACCAGCUGGAUCUGGCCAUCGUUCUGCUGUCCAUCAUGGGCAUCACUCUGGAGGAGAUCGAGGUCAACGCUUCGCUGCCCAUCAACCCCACCAUCAUCCGCAUCAUGAGGGUCCUGAGGAUCGCACGAGUGCUGAAGCUGUUGAAGAUGGCCGUUGGAAUGCGAGCUUUGCUGGACACCGUUAUGCAAGCCCUGCCUCAGGUGGGGAAUCUGGGUCUGCUCUUCAUGCUUCUGUUCUUCAUUUUUGCAGCCCUGGGAGUGGAGCUGUUUGGUGACCUGAUUUGUGAUGAGCUCCACCCAUGUGAGGGCCUUGGACGCUACGCUAUUAAAAACUUUGGGAUGGCGUUCCUGCUGCUGUUCCGUGUUUCUACUGGAGACAACUGGAACGGCAUCAUGAAGGACACGCUCAGAGACUGCGCUCACGACACCAGCACCUGCUACAACACCGUGGUGUCUCCGAUCUACUUCGUGUCAUUUGUCCUGACGGCUCAGUUCGUCCUGGUCAACGUGGUCAUCGCUGUUCUCAUGAAACACUUGGAGGAAAGUAACAAGGAGGCCAAGGAGGAGGCGGAGCUGGAGGCGGAGUUGGAGAUGGAGCUCCAGAUGGAGGGGGGGGGGACAUGGCACCCAGGUCCCCCCAACUCAACCCCCUGGCACUGUGCAUAGACAGAUCCAGUUCUGGAGGGUCCCCCUGGAGGUCCACCAGAGGGGGCGACAAAGAGCAGGACAGGGAAGGUCUAAUGACUCGCCCCCCGCACACAUGAGCCGAGACUCGGUGAAUAUCAGAGCAGAUCCACCCCCGCCCCUGGAGCCCCCCUGGAGUGUGUCCAGCGGAGGGCGCUGUUUGAUUCGGUGUCCCAUGGUCAUCCAGGGUUCAUUGGAGGGGGAGUUAAGUCUGAUGGACAACCUGUCCGGUUCUAUCUGCCACUACUACGCACUGCCCCCAAGCCCAGCAAGCACAGCACCGAC